ACGAAGACGAAGCAGAAGAUGGGAGUGGAGAAGGUGUUGUUGAGUGCCGGAACCGGUCCUAAGCCGGUACGCGGUCAGAACGUCACUGUCCACUGCACUGGAUUUGGAAAAAAUGGUGAUCUUUCUCAGAAGUUUUGGAGCACAAAGGAUCCUGGGCAGAAGCCUUUCACAUUUAAAAUUGGCCAAGGUUCUGUUAUAAAAGGAUGGGAUGAAGGUGUGAUGGGAAUGCAAGUGGGAGAAGUUGCUCGUCUGCAGUGCUCUCCAGACUACGCCUAUGGCCCUAAUGGAUUUCCAGCAUGGGGAAUACAACCUAACUCGGCUUUAGUUUUUGAGAUUGAAGUCCUAAGCUUGCAGUGAUUGCCAUAUUUGAUUUGGUUUGGAUGAGAAGCCUAUGUGUGAUAUAGCUAAUGAAAUAAGACACAUAAAUGCUAUGUUUCAACUGGAGGCCAUGUUGCAGUGUUUCAUUACCUUAGCUGCUUGUUUUAACUAUAUGGUGUUUCUGUACUUUGUUUAAACAAUGAGCUACUGUUAUAUUAUAAUUGUUGGUUAGUCUUG